GCCACCAUUCCAAAGAUUUUUUCUUUACAUUCUUUUCUUUACUUGGUACAAAAUCCGACAAUGCACUCAAAAUGGUUGCUUUGACAUUUGUUUAAGUAUUUUUUUUUGUUCAUUGAUAUAAUUUGCAUGGCUGCACAAAUUGCACCUUGUUCUUCCCCAACUUCAUCUUCUUCCCUUGCUUUCCCUUCUGAAUUCAAGCCGAGAAAAUGUUUUUUCUCUAGGAGGUUUUCUCAAGUUUGCCCGAUAAUUCAUGCAAGAAGCAAUUUCCAGAUCAAAUCCUCCAACGGACAUCCAUUAAACGCAGUUUCUUCACAGGGUGGGCUUUUCGGAUUAGGUAUGGAUGGAAGUCCUUUGGCCAAAGCAAUCAACCCUGCAGAAGAAGACGACGAUUUUUUCAUCGACAUCUCGGAUGGAGCGGAAGCUCACUCUACUCUCAGCAUAACUGUUGUUGGAGCUUCAGGGGACCUUGCUAAGAAGAAAAUAUUUCCUGCACUAUUUGCUCUUUACUAUGAAGAUUGGCUUCCUGAGAACUUUGUAAUUUUUGGUUAUGCUCGUACUAAGCUGGCAGAUGAAGAGCUCAGGAAUAUGAUUUGUACAACUUUAACUUGUAGAAUCGAUAAGAGGGAAAAUUGUGAGGAUAAAAUGGAGCAGUUCUUAAAGAGAUGCUUUUACCAUUCGGGCGAGUAUAGUUCCGAGGAGCAUUUCGUGGAACUAGACAGAAAGCUUAAAGAGAAAGAGGCCGGAAAACGGUCGAACAGGUUAUUUUACUUGUCGAUACCUCCAAAUAUAUUCGUGAAAGCCUCUUCAGCAAAGGGGUGGACAAGGGUCAUUGUCGAAAAGCCGUUUGGCCGUGAUUCGGAAUCAUCGGCUGAGCUUACAAGAUGUUUGAAGAAGUACCUAACGGAGGAACAGAUAUUCAGGAUUGAUCAUUACUUGGGGAAGGAGCUUGUUGAGAACCUCUCAGUGCUUCGCUUCUCCAACCUUGUUUUCGAACCUUUAUGGUCAAGGAAUUAUAUCCGGAAUGUGCAAUUUAUAUUUUCCGAAGACUUUGGUACCGAAGGGCGAGGAGGUUAUUUCGAUAACUACGGGAUCAUACGGGACAUAAUGCAGAAUCAUCUCCUGCAAAUUCUGGCACUUUUUGCAAUGGAGACUCCUGUCAGCUUAGAUGCCGAGGACAUUAGGAAUGAAAAGGUAAAGGUUCUGAGAUCAAUGAAACCACUGGAACUAGAAGAUGUCAUCAUUGGUCAGUAUAAGGGUCACAACAAGGGUGGUAGAAUAUAUCCAGGUUACACCGAUGACUCGACUGUACCGAGUAACAGUAUUACACCUACAUUUGCAGCAGCAGCUUUGUUUAUCAAUAAUGCUAGAUGGGAUGGUGUCCCUUUCCUCAUGAAGGCUGGAAAAGCUCUCCAUCGGAAGCGGGCAGAGAUCAGAGUUCAGUUCAGGCACGUUCCAGGUAAUCUGUACAAGCGGAAUUUCGGAACUGAUUUGGACAAGGCUACAAAUGAGCUUGUGCUGCGUGUACAACCUGAUGAAGCCAUUUAUCUGAAGAUCAAUAACAAAGUUCCUGGUCUUGGGAUGAGAUUAGACCGCAGUGACCUUAACUUGCUUUAUCGAUCAAGAUAUCCGAGAGAAAUCCCAGAUGCAUAUGAGAGGCUGCUCUUAGAUGCAAUAGCAGGGGAGCGGAGGUUGUUCAUUAGAAGCGAUGAGCUCGAUGCUGCUUGGUCACUGUUCACGCCAUUGUUGAAGGAACUCGAAGGAAAAAGGAUUGCUCCGGAGCUGUACCCUUAUGGGAGCAGAGGACCGGUGGGAGCACAUUAUCUUGCGGCCAAGUACAACGUUAGAUGGGGUGAUCUCGGUGGUGAUGAAGACUAAUGCUCCAAAAA